UCCGUUGGUCCAUCCCGCUUCCCAUUGUCUCCCCGAUUUUUUCCCCACUCCUGGAAGACAAAUCCGAGACGUCAACCCAAACUUGAGCUUUUAUUCCGCUCUUAUCAACCUUUUGUGUUACCUUUGGAUACUUGCCUCGAGAAGAAAUUCAAAAACAACCUUCUGUUCUUCCGAAAUUUGGAGAUACUCAGUGUUGUUUUUUAUUCUUCCGUCUUUUAUUUAUUUAAUUUAUUUAUUUAUAUACCCAGUCUUUGAGUGUUGUAAAUUUGUUUUUUUUUUGCGGUGACAGAGAAAGCGGCACAUGAUCCGAGGACAGGCGGACCGGUUGUGAGUGAGGAAUAAAAGCGCUGUUUGUGGACCGGAGGAAGGGGACUCAUUAACCAGAGGAGACACUCACAUCUUCCCAGUGGCUGUUGACAUCUCCUCAGCAUUCUAUAGCAACAAAUUCACUCACCAUUGUCUCACACAACAAAAGAAAAGAAAGGAGGAAAAAAAAAGAAAUGAGACACGGCACUGGGAGGAAGAUAAGGGGUGUUUUGCGUGAAGAUGUUACAAGCCCGUUGAGAGAGGAGGAGAGGAGAGGAGCCCGUCUGUGGAACAUUGCCAGAGACUAGGAAACUAGGCAUCUCCAAUCAGCGCAUGCAAAGGCUUAAUUUUAGUGUCAAGAAAAAAAAGGUUUGAUAUGAUGGGAUAUAUGUUCUGAGUGUCAAGAUUUCUCUCUCUUCAUAUGAGGAUGCAACUCAUCCUGGUGGUCUUUGGUCGCUCACUAGCUCCUAUCUGGAGAACUGGAGAAGUGGACACAAGUGUGAUCUUUUAUUUCUAAAGGUUGGGAGUGUUUUUCAUAAACCAGGUGAGUUUUGUUUGCUCUCCGGAGACCUACAUUACCAGAUUUUAAUCUGAUUCAUUAAGUGCCAUCAUAAAUGCACCACAGCAGCUGAUUAACCAAGCUGCAAAGAACUAUUUGUGCUCUUGAAUCAUCUCUGGACCUUCCAUCUUUGGUCCCCCCCGACCAGCAGGGUUGUGCUGGGUUGUGCUUCAGGCUGUUAAGGAGCUUGUCCGUUCGAAUGAAGUAGACAGCUUUGAGUUCCCCCUGGAGAUCCUGGUAGAGAGCAGGGAGGCUGGUGCUCUGCACGCUGAGGCCGGCCAGCCAGUGCUCCUACCUGGGCUGCCAGCCAGCCAGACGUCCCCCGGAGGAGGGGGAAGUUGCUGCUGCUGGUGGUGGAGGAGGCUUUUGGAUUGUGAAGGAGAGAUUUUUGGGAGUUAUCCAGAGUUUCUGCUCCACGUGGAACCGCUGCACGGAGGGAGGAGGACACCAUGGGGUGCUGUAGCGGCAGGUGCACCUUGGCCUUCAUCUGUGGCAUGCAGCUGGUCAGUGCCUUUGAGCGUCAGGUGAUAGACUUCAUGGGCUACCAGUGGGCUCCCAUCCUGACCAACUUCCUACACAUCAUAGUCGUCAUACUAGGCCUGUUCGGCACCAUUCAGUUCAGGCCGAGAUAUGUCACUGGAUAUGCGGCCUGGCUCGUCGUGUGGAUGACCUGGAAUGUUUUCAUCAUUUGCUUUUACCUGGAGGUUGGAGAACUGUCCAGAGACACUGACCUUGUGCUGACGUUCAACCUGUCCAUGCAUCGCUCCUGGUGGAUGGAGAAUGGCCCGGGGUGCAGGGUGACACCCAUCACCCCUCCUCCCUCCUGGGCACCCGAGGACCACAGAUAUAUAUCUAUAUCUGGCUGUCUGAUGGACUUUCAGUUCAUAGAGGUGGCUCAUUCCUCGCUGCAGAUACUCCUGGCUCUGGUGGGAUUUAUCUACGCCUGUUAUGUGGUCAAACUCAUCUCUGAAGAGGAGGAUAGCUUUGAUUUUAUAGGAGGAUUUGACUCCUAUGGUUACCAGGGCCCGCAAAAGACUUCUCACCUUCAGCUGCAGCCCAUGUACAUGUCAAAAUAAACCCAAUAACUACUUCCAGAGAACUGCCUUACCAAGAAUCAUGGCUUAAACCCCUGCUUUUACCACUCCAACAGAUCCAUACCAACCACAGACAAAGACAAGUAGACAGAGAACAGAUGACGCUCUGAUAUUCCAAAUAAAAAUCUGCCAAAAUGCCUGAUCAGAUGGCGUCCCACUGCUCCGUCUGUCUGCUGAUGCAGUUCCCGGUGAAACACUGACACCACGUGGCGGAUUGCGGUAACUGCAGGACAUCCGUCCCCCCCUACCGACACGCGUUUUGGGAGACCCGUUUAGGAGCCAAUGGCUUGCUCCCUCUGUUGCACAAGUGGAUGUCUUCUCUGUGGAGGAAACCGAUAGGAUGCAAAGAGGGAAUGACUCAUUGGUGACCUGUUUCCUCGCUCUUCCGAUGAAAUUUUAGAUUCCUGCUGUCAAAAAAUAAGACAUGUUCAUUUUAUGUCCACCUUCUUGGCACCUGCAGCCUCUCUGCGUACACAACAGAGCCUUUUAAACCAUCUCUGGAACUGUUUGCUCUUUGUGCCUGAUGGAAGGAAUCAAGGAAUGUCUUUUUCUUGCAUUUGGGAUCUCACUGGAACAGCAAAGAAGGAAUGCUCUGGAGUUCCCUGAAUGUUAGCUAACAAGCGUGAUGUGUCGACUUCCAUCCUCUCACCUCAUACGUGCAUGUGGACAAGAAGCAAAUAUGAGUGAAUACAUGGCAUACAUGUCCAAAAACAUAGGCUCAUGUCACACCCACUGCUACCGCUCAUCUUUUCUACGACUAAUGUGAAUCUUAAUGUUUACAAAAGAAAAUCUGUCUGUCUGACAGAAAUAUGGGACACUUGGAUGGGAAGACUGAGGGGACCCACACUUCUUAGCUGCAGCAUCCCAGAGAAUUUUUUUUUUUUUGUUAUUCUUUUUCCUGCCGGAUGUAUUUCUUGCUGUCUAAAUAUUUUGUCUUCCACUCAAGGCGUGCACAUAUAGACAGAUAAGAGACGGAGCAUGGGAGAGAAAAUAAAUCAGAAGAGCAACGUCUUGCAGCUGUUCCCCAUCCUCUUCGCUGGCAUCUUUCAGCAGACAGUUGUUUGCAUUUUGUCUUAGUUUAUUAUUUAAGAAAAAUCGCUGGAGGGCAGAUAAAGCACCCGAUGAGCCAGCUUUUUCUUUAAAAAAAAUACAGAUUCAGUUCAAAAUCAGCCUCAGUGUGCUGCAGGCGACGCUCACACCGAGCGAAGACACACCCUUAACAGAUAAUGACAAUCAAGUCAGUGGCCUAAGUUUUAACAGGAAUUGUAAAAAAAAAACAAAAAACAACAAAAAAAAGGUGGUCAUCAAGGGGAAUAAAAGCUUCUAAAUGAAAUUAUUUGAUUUAUUAUUUUUUGUUGUAAUUCCUAUCCUCUGCAACCUACUGGGGCCUGAUGGAGACCGUUAAAAAGCAGCAGAGGCUGAAUUUUCUGACCGCAAGCUCAUCCCCCCCGUUGCUGACGGGGGGGGUCCCGCAGCUCUUUGCUUUCACCGCACUCCUCCAAUUUUAAUGUUGAAAGUGUUUAAAGUGCCAACCGACUCACUUUGUGGACAUUCUCAGAGACAGACCUGGACCGACACGUUUACAAAAAGACUACUUUGCAGGGAUGUGUGUUUGGGAAAAGCAGCAAGUCAAGGAAAUCCAAAGGGCAGCAGUUCUUUUUCUUUUUUGUUUGUUUUUUCUUUUUGUCGGUUUGUCAAAAGUCACCUGGCAGUGGGACUAAAUGUGACUUGUUGCAUUUGUGUCGCAGUCAACCGGACCAAACAUCUGAGGCCUUCUCCUUCCACUAAGGGACACUUUAGGGGGCUUCUUUUGACGUGAGGGUCGACGGACGUUCUCCAGACUCCCACCUCCCGUCUGCCAGUUAUCUCCAGCGGUUUAUCUGUUUUGUAACAAAACUCUGUAGGUUACGUUCAGAGUCGCUCGGGCCGACAGUCUCUCUGGAGGACAAGAGACAACAUUUUGUGUGUUUGCAUGAGGUGUUUCCAAACUGUUGCAUAUUUAAUCUCAUGCUGCGUGUGAACUAACUAGCUUUGUAAAGAUGGGAACUGUUUAUUGAAUGCUCCUUAACUCUCCCUAAAGGAUCCUAAAUGUGAACUUUGUGUUGUUUUUUUUGUUUUUUUUUUUAAUAUAUAUAUAGAUAUAUAAAUAAGAGUCUGAAGUGUCUGCAGAGUAAAGGAGGAAAACGGCUACUACAAUGUAAAACUAUGAAAUGUAACUUUGAACUUCUAGAUGUUUUUUUAAUUCACAUGUGGCCGUGUUUACUGUUUUUCUAGUUGACUAAUAAUGUACGAUGUUGUGUAUAAGUGGGACUACUAUGUUUAUUUCUUCUAACUGUACUGUGUAUUUUACAUUAGAGAAUAAUGAAAGGAAGGAGAUUUAGAUGCACUAGAGCCUGUAAUUCUUUCUUUAAACAUCUCAGUUAGGGCUUGAAAUUUACUUUCACCUCAUUGCAACUACAAUAAUCACUGGAAUUUGAUCGCUAAAGUCAGACAAACCAUUGUUUUUAUAAUAUAUUGUAUGACUGUUUUUCAAAAUGAUUGCUUCUUUUCUUUACAAAAUUUAAAUUAGGAAGUCUAAAAGUGGCCACAUGUGCUUUACUUUGAAGCUGAACUGAAAACGGUGCUCAGUUUUUGCGUGAACAACGUCUGAAAUGAAAGUGAAUUAAUUUGUUUGGUGUAUCAAAGUCGAUCGAUCGAUUAAUUGACACUGUGCAACCGUUAUUGAUCACCUAGACGGUGCCGGUUUUGGCUUUAUCAAGCAUCAAACCAUCAAGAAAUCAGAAAGGAUUAUAGAAAUAUAAUGUGACAUGUGUGUGUGUGUGUGUGUGUGUGUGUGUGUGUGUGUGUGUGUGUGUGUGUGUGUGUGUGUGUGUGUGUGUGUGUGUGUGUGUGUAUUUUUUCAGCAGCACAUUGUUUUCUGUGUCCUGGCAAACUGUACAGCGCUUAACCCAGAGCCCGGCAAAACUACAACCCGCACAUGGACCUCGACACCAAUUUAAACUCACCGAUGAUGACUCAGCCGCAAUAACAACAGUAGUAAUUUACUGCAAAGUCCCGAGAAUCCACGCUGAGUGAUCCCGGUGAGACUUUGGAACAGUAAAUAGAGCCUUUGUGUGCAGAUCUAAGCAUGCAGGCUUAAAGGUUUGCAGAAUAGGCAACCCAAUUAUUUUAACAGUGUCAAUAAAUAUUUCGUUAAGCCAGUGUAAAGUUCUGAGGGAAGACCAUUUAUUUAACUCAAAUCUUCCAAAAGGCAUUUUAAGUGUCUGCUUUAAUUUAACCAAGCAUAAACUAAAGAGAAAGGGGUCCACAGCAGAGAACAGCGUGUUUGUGAGCAUUAAAGUGUUUGCAAUAAUCAUAAUGCAUUCAACAGCUGUUCUUACUGUGCACAGCGUUUUCAGUAAUUCUGUGGUUCUGGGUUGCCUGGGUAGAGUUUGCCACUGACUAUAACCAUAUAUGUUAGCUCCUUCUCUUUUUAUGAUGGCUUUCCCACAGGUGAGUGACUGUACAUAAACUAGACAGCUGGGAUUAAAGUAGAGCGUGGAGAAUGAAGGUCUGCUGUGUGAUCUGUUGUCUCGGACAUCCUUUUCCUUUAGAUUAUUAACAAUUGAAAGAUAUGGGUUAAGUUAGAUUUUUUUUCAAUAUUAUAAAGUAAAUAAAACAACAAAAUC